AUGUCUGAGAAGAUAUCAUACGAUCAGGUUCUUUAUGAGGAAGACGUCGACAAAGUUGAUAUGCUGAAACUGAAAGACGUCACAUAUGUUGCGUCGACUGGUGGUGGUCCUGUGUUAGCUUACAAACGUCCCAGAGCGAUGAGUAAAGACACAGAUUACCCAUUGAUUUCAGUCUUCCAUGCGAAUGGGUCCUUCUUUUGUUCGUUUAAAAUCAAAAUAGAUCCCAGUGAUACAGUCAAGAGUAUGGGAUGGACCUCAAACUAUAUGGUAAUGGUGAUGACGGUGAACUUAAAGUUUUAUUUAUACAACUUAGAAGGGAUGUGUCUUGUCUCCAAUGCCUCCAAAACCAGUGGGCGUAUCUCAUUUCUCCAAUUUUUCGACUAUGGGUGUGGAGUCUGUCUUGAAACGGGAUACCUCUUUGCAAUCAAAAUUACGUUUCGACGGGAGAAGAUACUGAUUGAAGAAACAGAAGCGUUUAAAAACGUUGAAAUGGAUACGAUGUGUAUGUGGUAUAACAAUUUUGAUGACACUAUUAACUUUCUCAUCUUCAAUGAGAAGUCGGUGAGUUACUAUCGCCCACGAACUAAAGACUCGAAAGAAGAACAGAUCUCCAAUAACAGUGUCACUUACUCAUUAGACCAGACUUUAUUGAGAUCCUUUGAUAAAGUCGUUGGAUGUUCGUGUGCGCCUUUAUUGCCGAUCAUCUUUGUAGUGUUUCAAGUCAACAACUUUUUGCAGAGUGCGAUGUUUAUACUCGAUAAGGGCGUGAUCAUUCAAAUCAAUGGCAUAGACGACAAGUUUGCGAUUAACCACGUCUUUGGGUGUGGGAAGGCGUACUUCAUUUAUAACAACUUGAUGUUCAUGCGAACGGAUUAUAACGAGUUUAAAGGAUAUUCGUACUCGAUUAAACGGAGUGCUACUGCAAGUGUCAAAUGUGAGUAUGCGUUGUAUGACGAAGUCUAUUAUGUCCAAAAUGACACGUACAACACUAUACAACUGUUUGUUCGAGAAAAGAAUCGGUUCAAAGUGAUUGUGAAGGGAAGAGCCAUAUUAAACAAAUUGAGGAGCAGCCCUGGGGAAACGGAUAUCAGUUCGUAUGAGAGGUGUAAUGUAGGUGAAAAGGAUUACGACACUUAUCUCACGAAAUAUGCGGGGUACGAGAUGUUCAUGUUUUAUCGCAAACAAAUCGACACAUCGCGGUUCAAGAAAUUGGUUGCAGAGAAGACUGGGCAUUUGAAGGGGAGUGGGUCGAAUACGGUUGCGUUUUACUUUGAUCAGGGAUAUCUGUAUUUGUGUUUGUGUGCGUUGUAUGCCAACCCACACGAUCCGAUUCAAAAUGAGAUUCUGUCGUGUAUGUUGUACUAUUUAGACUUUGCGAAGAACACGAGUAUACGAGAGGAAAUGCACAAGAUGUAUUUAUCCGUGUGUUUUGCUAUUCGAAUGAUCAAAACGAUGAAUAGGAAGGGGAUAAUGAUCACAUACGGGCAAUUCAAAUAUUUGAAAGACAGAGAAAACAGUGGAUAUUACUGUUUGGGGACGAAUAACACACAUAUGAGGUCCUGUGAGAAUUUCAAUUACCACCCCAUUCAAUCCCUUCUGAUGGUGAUGAAUGAGUUCCAGUUGUGUAUUAAAUGGUGCGAGUACAAUUCAUUGUCGAAGUUCCCCGUUUUGUCGCAGUGGUGUUCGAAGAAGAUUAGUGCGUUUAUUAAAGACCCCACAACGGACAAAAGUAAAUGUGAAGAAGCACUUGUAGAUGUGAAGCGACGGAUGCAAAUGAUGAGUGAGACGUAUGUGUCGGUCGUCAUUGAAAAUGCGAUGAAAAGUGCGGACCAAAGUUCCGACGUCGUCUUGUUUCUGUCGAAUAUCAAUAACUAUUGUCGGUCCCAUGUGGUCAAAUUGUUGAUUUAUGGCAAUUACGAGAAAACAGACAACUUGGCGACUAAUGUCAUCUUUUCGGUGUCGCUGUUCAAUUGCGACCAGAAGACCAUUUUCUUCUUUUUUAAGAAGAAUUUGGAGGAUGAAAGGUGUAUGAUCCGGUUUGAUGCGAACGAAAAAACGAACGUCAAUUCAUUGAUCACACUGCCGUACUCUGCUAAAGACCAAAAGAACGAAAAUGGGGAAUUAACAGCAGAAGCUAUUGAAUCGGCCAAAUUAGUCGAGAGGUUCCCCGCACAAUUUCAAAACAAUUUGGCGUUCAAGUUGAUGCAACAAGGAGCUCAAUUACUGUGGAGAUAUAUCACUUCGUGGGAGAUAUAUACAAAGAAGACGACGGAGAAGGUCGGAGCGAACUUUAGAAAUGUGAAUUAUACUGUUCUUGAAGACAUGUUUUUCAGAGAUUUUAAACAAGUCGAUUUGCCAUUGAAACAGACCAUUCCAAAUUCAAAUGGGGAGUGGUUUAACUACUUUAAUAGUCUUCCAAGAGUGAAAGAAGUCGCAAAUCGUCUUAUCCUCACACACAUGGCAAUGGCAAGAGAUUUUGGGAAUAGAAAGGCUGAAAAUGUGUAUGAAGAAACAACAAAAAAGGCCGACAGUGAACGCGUGCUGACUCCUUCGGUCUUCCAAACGGUGUGUAAAUUUUUGGCGACAAAGAAACCAACUCCAGAAGAACUCAAAAAGAUGAAAGAAACUGCUAACGUGUCUGAUCUGUUUUUGCAACGAUGCGAAUUGUACGUCAUCGACUCGAUGCAAGCGAACGACUUAAGAGCCAAAGAGAGACUCGAAUGUUUCUUGGAAAAAGACGUCCAAUUGUUAUUCCCAUUAUAUUACUUCAUACAAAUUGCACAUGACAAGAGAUACACAGAGACUCGAAAUAAGUUCAUUGCACUCCUGAAAACUAAAAAAGAAAGGCUGAGAAUGUUAGUCACGUUGGGUGAUUAUUUGGCUGCUAUUGCACUUGCAGAAAAUAAUCUGGAAGAAGUAAAAUAUGUCCAAUCACUCUUGACUAAAGCAAACGACCCUAUCAACUCAACUAUCGCAAAACUAAUCGAAAAACUCACCCCACCUCCUCCUCCCCCUCCUCCUGUCGCUCCAAUCGACCCGGAAAAAUUGCCACAGAUCAUGAAAGAUGCAAACAACAUUGGAGCAAACUCCGAACGAGCAGAACAAAUUCAUAAGGAACAAGCAGCACAACUGGAAGCAGCCGAAAAGGAAAAACAGUCACAAAACUCCACAGAGAAAAAGGAGGAAAUUUUGGCAAACAUCCCUUCCUUAACAACACCAGACCAACCACCCAAAGCAUAA